AGCCGGAUUUUAAUAUCCAUGAUAACUCUCCUAUUUCUAAGCUUGUCUGGAUUCGAUUUCCUGGGCUCCCCUUCGAAUAUUGGCACGAGCGGAUCCUCCUUUCCAUGGCAAAAGCCGUGGGGCGCCCCCUGGACAUUGAUAAAAGAACACGAAAUGCAUCCAUAGGGAACUUUGCUCGUGUCCUCGUGGAGAUGGAUACUUCAGUGCAGAGGUUGGAAGAAAUCCAGGUUGAACGGCGACAACCUGGAACAGGUGAUCUUUUUUGGUUCAAACAAAAAAUCAUAUAUGAAGACGUUUUGGGAAAGUGUGGUUUUUGUAAAAAACUUGGUCAUACCAUCCAAAACUGUAAAGAGAAACGCAUCGCCGAUGCCGCACGCAAAGACAAGGAUGAUGCUUGUGGUGUUGUUGGGGCCGUUUGGGUGGAGAAGUCGUCUUUGGGGGCGGCUGGUAUGGAGAUUUCCGGCAGAAAUGGUGGUGAGCCCUCAAUAGGAAAGAAUUCAAAUUCAAAAUUGCCAACCAUCUCACAUAAUUGUGAUCCAGCUUUGUAUGGAAACUUGGAUAUGCAAGAGGGGAUUCUAGCUAUUGAGUUACCUAUUUUUGAAGGAUCUUCCUCAGCCAAUUUGAGGAAUAAUCCAAUUGCAGAUCGAUUGGAUGACCCAUGCAACAGAGAUGGUUCGGUUCCUUUACACGGGUCAAACAAACCCAAUAUGGUGAACCAAACCACUGAGACUAACUCAAUUCCAGAACAUGGCAUUCUGGUUUCUCCAGGUUGUGCGGCUAAUCCAGUUCUGAUUACUGGCUCUUGUCAACUCUCUGUCCACAGUGAUCAUGUGAUAAAUUCCAUUACUUCAAGUGCUAUGGAUAAUGGUCAUCUCACCCUCCACUACCCGGAAGUUGGCGCCAUUGAUGCUGCUGCCCUCCAGAAGGAACAAUGCCACGGCAUGGAAACAGUUUCAAGAAAAAAAGAGGGAUGAAGAAGGCUGCUGGUCGUGCAACUCUCAGCAAUAUUCUCCUAGACAAGCACCCUGAUGUGGUUUGUCUAGCUGAACCAAUGGUGGAGGUAUCUGCUUUCCCUUCUUUAUUUUUUAAUAAACUGGGAUAUGAUGCAUGCUUUAUUCAUAAUAUUCGCACUGAUAAAAACCCAAACCUAUGGGUCAUUUGGAAGAGGUCUCUCACCAAACCAACUAUUAUUUCCAUGUCUGACCAGUUUAUUUCACUGUGUAUAAAUUGGAGAAACAAUUCUAUUUACAUAA